AUGAAUUUUCUGAGGCCCAGGACCACUACUAUUUUAAGAACUUGGUUGCGCCCUAGCAAUGCUCGUAAAUGUGGUUUCCCUUCACAGUACCAUGGUAAAGUACUAUUGCAUAUAAGAAGCUUUCAUUUGAAAAAUUACCAAUUGCAAAAUGAAACUGGCUCCAAGAAGAGUAAAGAUCCUACAGAUGACGAUAUAGAGGCAAUCAAAAAAGAUAUUCAAAAAUUCAUCGAGGAUACAAAAAAUAAUGAUUCAAAGGAAAAAUGGGAUGUCGAUCGUAAAAAUUCAAUAGACGAACGUAUCAAAAGAUUAGAAGAAACUAUUCAAAAACAAAAGAAUGAUAAUAACAAUGAUUCAAAAGUUGUUGAUGAUGAUUAUGUUGACUACGAUAAAAAUGAUAAACCAAAAAUUGAAAAUGAUCCUUUGAAUUUUGAAAAAAGAUUAUCAGAAGAAUGGAAUAAGGAAAAGAAGAAUCAAACUCAAACUCAAAAUAAAGAUAAGAAUAAUAACGAAUUUACCACAAAUGAACAAAAACAGAAUAAUAAUAACAACAAUAACAAUAAUAACAAUAACAAUAAUAACAAUAACAAUUCAAAUAUUCCCUUUGGUACAAAUGGUAACAAUGUGAAUAAUACAGGUUUGUUUCAGUUGGGUUUGGCAUUGUUAUUAAUUUCAUUUGUCCUAGAUGUUUUUAAUUCAGAUAGUGAACAUAGAGAGAUUACUUGGCAAGAAUUCCGCGCAAAGCUUCUAUCGAAAAAUUACGUAUCUAAACUAAUAGUUAUCAAUAAGACAAAAGUUCAAGUCGUAUUGAAUGAAAUGGGUAAGGCACAAUGUGGCAUCAAUGGUCAAGAUCCUCACUAUUAUUUCACAAUCGGUACCAUCGAAAGUUUUGAACACAAGUUAAGUGAUGCCCAAAAGGAAUUAAGCAUUGAAGGUGAUUUCGGAAUCCCUGUUGUUUACGCCCAACAAGGUAACUGGGUCAAAUUUGUAUAUCAGAUUUUACCAACGGCUUUAAUGAUUGCUGGUAUUAUUUGGUUAACUAGAAGAUCUGCCCAAGCUGCUACCGGUGGACGUAAUGGUAUCUUUGGUAUCAGUCGUUCAAAGGCUAAGCGUUUUAACACAGAAACUGAUGUCAAAGUAAAAUUUAAAGACGUUGCCGGUUGUGAUGAAGCUAAAGAAGAAAUUAUGGAAUUUGUUAGUUUCUUGAAGGAACCAAAGAGAUAUGAAAAAAUGGGUGCUAAAAUUCCAAGGGGUGCAAUCCUAUCUGGUCCACCAGGUACCGGUAAAACUUUACUUGCAAAAGCUACUGCUGGAGAAGCAGGUGUGCCAUUUUACUUUGUCUCCGGUUCUGAAUUUGUUGAAAUGUUUGUAGGUGUAGGAGCUGCUAGAGUCCGUGAUUUGUUCAAAACUGCAAAAGAAAAUGCGCCAUCCAUUGUUUUCAUCGAUGAAAUUGAUGCAAUCGGUAAAGCAAGACAAAAAGGUAACUUUUCUGGUGCUAAUGAUGAAAGAGAAAAUACUUUGAAUCAAUUAUUGGUUGAAAUGGAUGGUUUCACUACAUCAGACCAUAUUGUUGUUUUGGCUGGUACUAAUAGACCAGAUAUUCUAGAUAAGGCUCUUUUAAGACCAGGUAGAUUUGACAGACAUAUUAAUAUUGAUAAACCUGAACUAUCAGGCCGUAAAGCGAUUUUUGAAGUCCAUUUGAAAAAGAUUAAGAUCGCAGGAGAUAUUUUUGAUUUAAAGAACAGAUUGUCUGCAUUGACUCCCGGCUUUUCAGGUGCUGAUAUUGCAAAUGUUUGUAAUGAAGCUGCAUUGAUCGCUGCAAGAAAUGAAGCUCGUUUUGUAAAAUUAGAGCAUUUUGAGCAAGCUAUUGAAAGAGUUAUAGGUGGUGUUGAACGUAAAUCAAAAUUGUUAUCUCCUGAGGAAAAGAAGAUUGUUGCUUAUCAUGAAGCUGGUCAUGCUAUAUGUGGUUGGUUUUUGAAAUAUGCAGAUCCAUUAUUAAAAGUCAGUAUUAUUCCAAGAGGCCAAGGUGCUUUGGGUUAUGCUCAAUAUUUGCCAGGUGAUAUAUUUUUAUUAAGCGAACAACAACUGCUAGAUAGAAUCACAAUGACAUUGGGUGGAAGAGUAUCAGAAGAACUUCAUUUCCCAAGUGUUACAAGCGGUGCUUCCGAUGAUUUCCAAAAGGUAACAAGAAUGGCUACCGCUAUGGUAACUCAGUUAGGUAUGAGUCAAAAAAUAGGAUGGAUUAACUUCCAAAAGAAAAAUGAAAAUGAUCUAACAAAACCUUAUAGUGAAGAAACUGCCGAGAUAGUGGAUGCUGAAGUUUAUAGAAUUGUUCAAGAAUGUCAUGAGAGAUGUGAAAAAUUAUUGAAAGAGAAAUCUGAAGAAUUGGAAAGGAUAGCUCAACUUCUAUUAAAGAAAGAAGUUCUAACUAGAGAAGACAUGAUCGAACUGGUUGGUAAAAGACCAUUCCCAGAAAGAAACGAUGCAUUUGACAAAUAUCUGAAUGAAACUGAACUAAGAAGAAUCAAAAAUGUUGAAGAAAGUAAAAGUGAAGAUUCAUCGGCGCCACAGCCUACUGCAUAA